UGCUUAUUCUCAAUAGUUCCGUAUAGUUGACCAGUCAACUUUCAAACAAUAUUUGUUACUUUUUAUGAACACGGUUAUAUCUGGUCGAUUGGUUCGAACCGAUUGCAACUGUUAAUUGUAAAAGAACCUGAACAAAGUUUGAGAAGGAUCGCGUUUUCUUUAGGUCGGCUUUGGCAACACAAGAAAUAGCUUCGUGAGAUUGUGACGCUUGCUAAGAAACGAGAAUAUCAAAGAAUAAUGUGGAAUUUUGACUUGAAUGUUACUUAAAAGUGUUAAAAACUUUGCUUUAAUUCAAAAAUAGGUGCUACUUUAGUGAAAUGUGAUACGUGUGAAGUUUAAAAGUUAGUUUUAUUGUAAGAACCAGGUACAACACAGAUUGUUUCUUGGUACCUACCUGCUGGGUACUCGAGAGUGUAAAAACUUGUGGUUUAGUGUACAAAAUGUUUGGAUGAAUCAUUUUCUACCAUGGAUAAUCUGGCGAAUAAUAUUGGAAUUAAUAUACCUGAGGAACGAGGCUGGGAAUAUAAGCAAAUAUGCGUCACAAGGGUCCCAGGUUAUGGUUUCGGCAUAGCAGUUUCUGGAGGAAGAGACAAUCCGCACUUUGCAUCGGGUGAUCCUAGCAUAGCAGUCAGCGAUGUAUUGGCGUCAGGACCAGCGGAACGACUUUUACAAGUCAACGACCGGAUAAUAUCUGUCAACGGCAUAUCCCUCCAGAACGUCGACUACGCCACUGCGGUGCAAGUCCUUAGAGAUUCGGGUGAUACAGUAACGUUAGUGAUAAAACGGCGAACGAUUCAACACAGUCAUACCCACAGCUCAUCCUUUAACGGCCCACCUCUGGCUGCCUUGGGCUCAAAUUCGCUAUCUACCAAAGUUACGCUUACCAAAAAUUCCAAAAAAGAAGAUUUUGGCAUAGUUCUCGGCUGCAAACUGUUCGUCAAAGAAAUUUCAUCGAAAGCCAGAGACCAAUUAAUGAAUACCAACCAACUAUUAGAAAUAGGCGAUUUUGUAACGAAGUUGAACAAUACCAAUUGCAACGAUGUGAUGUCACUGAAAGAGGCUAAGAAAAUUAUAGAUAGUUCUAAGGAUAAAUUACAGAUAACUGUAGCUAGGGAAUUUGGUUUUAAUUCGAACGUUUCUCACCAGACGCAGAGCUCGAUCAGCACUACUGGAGCUGUUAACAAUUUCUACAAAGGUGAUGACUUUUUGACGUCCGGCCAUCAAAGUUACUCCAAUCAGAACCUCUAUGUUCAACCUCCCACGCGAAACCCCAAUCUAAAUCAAAACGGAGGUUUCGAGGACAAACUUGAUCAAUCCAGCGGUCCUAAUUCACUGCCUGAUGAAAAGAGCAAUCUUGCGCCAAGAGGUCGGUCCAGAGGGCCUCUGUCCGAAGCGAAUCUAAACCAACUGGAGAAUAGGAACAGCAUAGCUGGUUAUGGUCUGUUGAAAGGAAGGGAUGAUCCUCCCAGGCCUCCCCCUCCUAGAGCUGAAGAUUAUUACAGCAGCCGCAGACAGAUGUAUGAAGAUGAUCCGAUAAUUCAAAAAACCAAACAACCUAUACCUGAUGCAAGAUUCAUUACAUUCCAUAAAGAAGGAUCUGUAGGCAUAAGACUGACUGGCGGUAAUUUUGCGGGGAUCUUCGUAACCGCCGUCCAACCUGGUAGCCCCGCCUCUUUGCAAGGUCUACAACCUGGUGAUAAAAUAUUAAAGGUUAACGACAUGGACAUGACGGGGGUGACCAGAGAAGAGGCUGUUCUGUUCCUAUUAAGUCUUCAGGACAGAAUAGAGUUAAUAGUGCAAUUUUGUAAAGAAGAAUACGAUAGUAUAGUAGCUUCACAAAAGGGCGAUAGUUUUUAUAUAAAAACCCAUUUCCAUUACGAAAGUCCUGCCAAAGGUGAAAUGCCGUUCAGAUCUGGUGAUAUAUUCCACGUUAUAGACACCCUGUAUAAUGGCGUGGUUGGAUGCUGGCAGGUGUUUAGGAUAGGCCGCAACAAUCAAGAAGUCCAAAAAGGCAUAAUUCCCAACAAAUCUCGCGCGGAAGAACUGGCCACCGCUCAGUUCAAUGCGACCAAGAAAGAGAUGUCCGCGAAUGAGUCAAGGGGAAGUUUCUUCAAGAGACGAAGAAGUUCCAACCGAAGAUCUAAAAGUCUCGGAAAAGAACAUUGGGAUGACCUACUCUUUUCAGAUACUGUAUCUAAGUUCCCUGCGUACGAAAGGGUUAUUUUGAAGCACCCUGGAUUUACUAGACCUGUGAUAAUGUUCGGACCUAUAGCGGAUGUAGCCAGAGACAAGUUACUUAAAGAUUUUCCGGAUAAGUUUAUAUCGCCACAAUUAGACGCUUCUGAUGUAAGUAGCAAAUCUAGCAAAUCGUUAUCAAACGCAAAUAUCAUCAGAUUGUCAGCCAUUCGAGACGCCAUAUCAACUGGAAAACACGCGUUGCUAGACAUAACGCCUAACGCUGUAGAAAGAUUAAAUUAUGCUCAAAUGUAUCCAAUAGUAGUGUUCUUCAAAGCUGAGACGAAAAUAGUAAUAAAGCAGCUUCGACAAGGUCUGCCUAAGUCUGCCCAUAAAAGUUCGAAAAAACUUUUGGAACAAUGCCAGAAACUAGACAAAGUCUGGGGCCAUAUAUUUAGUGCCAUGGUAACUCUUAACGAUAAUACUGAUACAUGGUACCGCAAGGUUAGAGAAAUUAUAGAUAAACAACAAAGCGGUGCUUUGUGGAUGUCAGAAAGCAAGCCCGAAGAAUCACUAUCAGACGAUUUCCUAUUUCCAAUGUCUUCUCUAAGGCUGUCUUAUGCUAGCUCACCAGAAAGUGAUCUUGAACACAGUCCUGGACCCCCAACGUCGCCAUCCUUAACUGGAAAUGGAAAUCCGGGAAGAUUGACGAAAGCUAGUUCGGAUCCUAGUGUAGUGAUGCCGGAUAGUAGCACAAAUGAUGUACUACCACCCUAUCAGCCUAGUUACGAUGCCAGAUAUGGAUUUAACAACCAAGAACAGCAACAGCCACCUUCAGACCCUCAACUUACUCCAACAGAUUCUCCCUUAGUGAAGGAGGCUCCUUUUGCUCUUUCCAAUCCAGAUAUUCCCUCAGGAAUAGAUCCGCAAAGUCCGUAUGGAAAAACUCAAAAUUUUAACGAUAAGGUUCCUAUGUACACGUCGGAGUCUUAUCAGAAACCGGACUAUCCCAAAAUACCGGAUCCUAGACACGAUCUCUAUGCAGCUCCUGAAAGAAAAAGUGAUUAUAAUGGCGAUAAAUCCAUGCAACAUAAAAGACAAGCAAGUACUCUCCAUGGAGUGUAUAACCAUUCUAAAGGACAUAGUAUAGCCGAACAGAGUCCUGCGAAAGAUGGAGUAUAUGGGCAGGUACCAGAUCUCCCUCCGCGCGUGGAUAGAGCUGCCAAACCUGGGAUGGGGUUACUAACCACCUCAAACAAAAUACCUAAUGGGCGCUCUGCUCACGAGAGGUUAUUUGGAACAAAAGCUACAACUCACGGAGAAAAUGUUGAUCCAAAUGCAAAUGAAAAUGGUAAUUUUAACAAUAAAGCUGGAUCAUUAGAAAGAAGUCAAAAUUCCAAAUCGGACUCUCUCUCGAGCUACGACUCAUACAACAAGCAAGCCACCACUCGUAUAGGACCCAACGCUCACGAUGAUCUCAAAACAACACUAUCGAAAAUCGACACAACAGGAGCAAUCCCAACCAUUCAAAACAGUCCUUCGAAGUACAACAUGGGCCCUAGAUGGGAUCAAAAUUCGCAUAGACUCGGUUCCAAAAUGGACCUCAAGUACGUAUUACCCCCCGGAGAACAUUUGGAUAACAGCCCUAGGAAUUCCCGGGAAAUGAGCAAGGACAGUCCUAUGGACCCUGCAAGUCCGAGAGGUUCGGUAGAAAGAGACAUAUACAGGUAUUCGAAAAGUCCUGCCAAACAAAAUAUUACUGGAAAGACCAUGGUUGAAACUAAAACUGAUUAUGGUAAAUACAGCCGUAACAACUCGCAUCCGCAUCAACCUCCUCCCGAAUACACGCGUACGUCUCAUCAAGAUUUGAGAGAGUCUACUCUUAGUAUCCAUCAGCAAUCACCUUUGAGAAGUCCACCUGUACACCAUAACGGCUACGAUCCAGGGGUUCAGAACCAUAUGGGUCCCCCUAACGGCAACACCUACAAGCCGGUGCCUCCACCUAAACCGAAGAAUUAUAAACCGCCGUAUAAAGCCCAAGGAGGCUAUGGCGGAGAAAUAAGAGAAGGAAUUAUUCAGUCGCCACCGGUAUAUCAGCAUGGAAAGAGUCAUAGUAAUCCUGUGGAUCAUCGCAAUCAAAACAUAAACCUGUCUCCCCACCACAACCACAACUACUACUACAACACUCCGCCCCACCACAACUUCCACCCAGCUGACCCCAACAUGCAGUACCCACCCGGGCCGAACCGAAGCCAUUACGACAUGGCGCCUCCCUAUCAGGAAUCCCCUCGACGUCACACGAGCAUUUCUUACGCCAGUAGAAGCGAAAUCACCCCCAUAGCCCAGCACCACGACGGAACCUACGGUGACGUCAUGGAAACCAGGCCUCCAAUCGUAGAUCUGCAAGGUUCUAGGGAGCAACGAGGUUCGGCUUUUGAAUUGUACAGAAAGCCAGUAGGUCAUAAUUUAAGGGGUAUGGUGGAGCGGCCGGCUUUUUACGGAUCGCAGCCUAACAUAGCUCAAAAACUAAACACAUCCACCUCAUCUGCUACUAACUCACCCAAAAUAACGCCCAAACUAACAAAAACCCAAUCGUUUAAACACCAGAAGAGCGAGGGCUUCACACCGAAACUGUUUCGGAAAUUGUCGUUUACGAGGAAGAGCCGGGAGAGUACGCCGAAAAUGAGUAAAAAAUUUUCGCUACAACCGCCCGAGAGUAUCGACGAGAAUCGAAUUUUACAAGAUAUCAACAGAAACGCUAGGGACAUGAGACCAAGCAAACGGGACGUCACUUCAUCGAUGGUGGGCCAUAGUGGUGCUACACUCGUCAACGAAUAUUGGGGGGUAAGUCUCGAAGUACCCCCCGGUGCCAUUCCCAAAGGCGAGGAACGGCUGAUCUAUUUCGUUAUUUCUGAUCCUAGAUUAUGUGAAAAUGCUCCGCCAUUAGACCUCGACAACGGUGAAACUAUGCUGUCUCCUUUGGUAAUGUGUGGACCACAAGGUACUGAGUUUCUGAAGCCUGUGAUUUUAAAUAUUCCCCACUAUGCCAACACCCUUCCAAGCCUAGGAAUAAGUUUAAAAGCUACGGAUUCUGAACAGGACAUCCAUACAGAUUGGGAUAAUAUUCUAUUACCUAGUAACCAUGCAGCGAACAGUGUCGCCGUCAAAGUUGACCAUUUUUAGUGAAUUGCGCAUUUCUUCGUUUAAUUUUGAAACCCUUUCACUGCGCAUGGCACUGAUCUGUGCCAAGCUGCGUUUUCAGACAGUGCGCGUGGCACGGAUCCGUCACAAUGCGCAUUUGCAACAGUGUCACGGAUCCGUGACAUUGUUGCGCAUGCGCAUUGUCACUUUAAUUUCCAGUAGGAACUGAGCGUUAGUUCAAUGUAGACGUACGUUGACGAGCGUGUAGCGUACAUACAGGGUGGGGCCUUAGUGUGAUAGAGUCCAAUUAGUCGGUUGUCGUAAGAGAUACCAAAAAAAGUUAUUUAGGUAAAAGUUGGCGAACAGAUAGAACCAUAAUUUAAAAAUAUUUUCAAAUAUACAGGGUCGUCCGUAUUGACAGGGUGACACAAACUUAUGUUUUUUUUUAAACACACCCUUUUAUGUUUUUAUGUUUUUAUAAAGACACACCACAUUUAAAAUGGAACACCCUGUAUAUUUUUACAUUUUUGGAUUCUCCUCAACAUUUCCUUUCUUUAAAUAUAGGGUUUUGUAAUAUUAUACGAGGUAUUUUAAGAGAUAUUUACGUUUUUUUGUUAAUUUAGUAGCAACAUUUACACCCUGUAGAAUUGUAGUGAUUCGACAUCAAAUUUUCUAUUUAUAUUAAAACGAUUUUUAAUAUAGUCUACUAUUGUUAAACAUUAAAAGUAUAGCGAAAUGUUUAAUUUUAGUAUACAGGGUGGGUCGAAACUCGGAAUGAGUAUUUUCUAAGUUUUCUUAAUUGGAACACCCUGUAUUUUAGUGUUGUAAUGAAAUGAUAUUUUAUGGUACUUUUUUAUUUCUUAAGCAUUCCCUAUAUCUAAGUGCUUUAAUUUUUAAGUUAUUCGUGAUUCUGUAAGCCAAACACUAAUUGCAACAAAAAUUACGUGAAAUUUUAUUAGAUGGCCGUGAAAAUAUCCAAACAAAAAUAAUUUUUCGUAAUAAAAAUACAUAAUCUAGCCUGAUCCUUAAUUUGUUAAUAUUGGAUGAGAUAUCCAAAUACAUUCGUAGUUAAGUUUGUUGGUGCGUAAAAUAUUAAUCAAACAUACAAAAGUCUCUCAAGUUAGCUAUGACACAAAAUUUGCAUAACCAUUUGACAUUAUACUAUUUAUAUAGUUCCAGUUGAUUUGUUACCAUUACUAAUAUUAAUUUUUCUAAUAAGGAACUGAUUAAAAUGGCUUUGUGCUAGGAGAGUAUAACAAAAAUGAGCUACUUGCAAUAAAAAUUUAUCAUCAGUAAUUCCCUGAUAGACGACAAGCAUGAAAAGAAACUUUUGAAAGUAUACUAAAACGGUUUCAACAGACUAGAUACUUAGAUUUUAAGAAUGAUUGUACUAAUAUGCAGAUUCUCAGUGACACUAAGGAUUACAUUUAAUACCUGUUUUCUUCAUUUACAGUAGUUUUUGUUCGAUCAGAUUUAUCAUAAUCGUAAGUGUCCAGUCCGUUGAAACCGUUUGAGUAUAUUUUUAAACGUUUCUCUUCUUGGUUAUCGUCUAUCAGGGAAUUUCUGAUGAAAAAUUAUUAUUGCUAGUAGGACAUUUUUGUUGUUGCAUACUCCACUAUCACAAAAACCUUAUUAAUCAGUUCCUCAUUAGAAAAAUUCAUAUUAGUAAUGGUAACAAAGCAACUGGAACUAUAAAAAUAGUAUAAUGUCAAAUUUUUAAGCAAAUUUAGUGUCAUAGCCGACUAGUGUAAGUUUUUAGUAAUAUUUUGCGCACCAACAAUCUUAACUACGAAUUUAUUUGGAUAUCUCAUCCAAUAUUAAUAAAUUAAGGAUUAGGCUAGAUUAUGAUGUAUUUCUUUUCGAAACAUUAUUUUUGAUUGAAUAUUUUCAGGGCCACGUAACAUAAUUUCACGUAAUUUUUGUUGUAAUUAAUGUUUGGCUUAAAGAAUGACGAAUAACUUACAAAUUAAAGCACUUAGGUAUAGGGAAUGCUUCAGAAAUAAAAAAAAGUACCAUAAAAUAUAAUUUCAUCACAAUACUAAAAUACAGGGUGUCCAUUUAACAAAACUCAGAAAAUACUUCAACUAAAAUUAAACAUUUUGCUAUACUUUUAAUGUUUAACAAUAGUAGACUAUAUUAAAAAUCGUUUGAACAUAAAUCGAAAAUUUGAUAUCAAAUCACUACAAUUCUACAGGGUGUACAUGUUGCUACGAAAUUAACAAAAAAAACGUAAUUAUCUUUUAAACUACCUCGUAUAAUAUUACAAAACCCUAUAUUUUAAGAAAGGAAAUAUUCCUUUCUUAAUAUUCCUUUCUAUUUCGGAAAGAAUCCAAAAAUGUAAAUAUACAGAGUGUUUCAUUAAAAAAAAACAUAAGUUUGUGUCACCCUGUGAAUACGGGCGCCCCAGUAUAUUUGAAAAUAUUUUUAAAUUAUGGUUCUAUCUGUUCGCCAACUUUUACCUAAAUAACUUUUUUUCGUAUCUCUUACGACAACUGAGUAAUUGGACUUUGUCACACUAAUGCCUCACCCUGUAUAGGGACUUCUAAAAAGUUUGUUCGUUUCGAAUUUUGUUUUUCGUAGGUAGAUUAAUAUGGAUCAUAGUAAGGCAGGGCCGUCAGGCAUUAACAAAUGCCGCUUCUGGACAUGUGUUCCAGCAAAAUGUAGCAGUGAAUGGGUUAACAAUUCGUAUCUUUAUCAUAAUAAAUGUUAGUAGUAAGGUCACAGUAUAAAGCUAAAGAAUCAGUAGUGUCACUCCGCGAAAAUCCUUUAUUCUCUAUGUUCCAUUUUGCUGACGGCCCAUCAAAAAUCUGAUGAUGGUAUCCUACGUUUGCCGUGAUUGGUCGUUACCGUCGCGCAUUCAAAAUUUUGUCUCAGUAGUGGAUUGCAAAAUUGGAACCGUCAAAAUUCGAGAGUGAAUUAACUCUUUCUUUAGCAUUAAACUGUGAUAAGGUAUCACUUGAGCACACUUUGACGUCACAAGCCCCGCCCCAAUAUGGCCGACUUCUUCUUCCUUUAGGCUGUCGCAGUUUUUCUUUGUAAAAAAUCUUUUUUGUCUGUCAAAUCGGCUGUUACAAUUCUUUUUAUCUCUGCCAAAUAUAUUUCUUUUUUGUCUGUCAAAUCGGCUGUCACAGUUCUUCUUUCUUAGCUGUCAGACAGCCCCUUCUUCUUUAUGGCAGAUUUUUUUUAAUGACAUAGACAUUAUUCAUUCAGCCAGUAGCAAUAAGAUUAUAGUUUUCACUAGCUCAGGGGAGUAAUAUGUAGUGUGUGUUGAGUAAAUGUCCUGUAACUUAGUAAAGUCGACUUCAUUGUCUUUACAAAGGGACGCUUAUUGUAUUCGAACGUCUGCGGUCCCUCCGGUGAGUACCGAUCUCACAAGUAUAGAAAUUAUUUUCAUUUAUUAAAUUUUUAAUAAAGAUAAAUUUAAUACCAAGCUGGGAUUCGCAUUUUCUAAGUUCUUGUUUCUUAUCUUUUGAAAUGUUGUCUGUGCAACAAUAUUUAAAAAUAUACUAGUCGUUUUAUCAAAGUGUGCUCAUGUGAUCCUUUACUAUAGUCGGUCCAUUUUAUCUUUUCCCAUGCGUCAUGAUUCAUUUUCAAACAAGUUAAAUCAAAACAAUAAAUCGUAUGUGUCAUUCUAAUACCUUGGAACCCACAAAAAUUGGAAAGUGCGUUUUUUGCAGAUUUGUAUAAUGUAAAACUCGCAUGUUCAAAAACCUUGUAAGCCAUACUUCAUUACUUAUAUUAUUAAAUGGGAUUCUAAGAGCUUGUAUUCCCAUUGCUGAGAGUAUGAAUAGCAAUAGUUUUUCUUGUUACGAGGUCUUAGAAAGACACAGACGAAAUGAAACGUACCUCGAUACGUACAUUGAUCAUUGAUAUUGAUUGAUACGUACUGUCAAUGUAAUAAUUAGGAAAUGGCUAUUGUUGGUGGACGUAUUUUAUAAAGUAAUAAUUGUACAUGUAAUAUGUCCUUUUUUAUGGUGUUGAAUCAUGGACCUUGAACGAGGAUAUGUGCCGAAAAUUGGAAGCAUUUGAGAUGUGGCUAUAUCGGAGAAUUUUUAAAAUCCCAUGGACUGAUCGGGUCACAAAUGAGGAGGUUGUUAGAAGAAUGGGGAAGAACCGAGAAGUACUAACCACCAUCAAAUCUCGAAAGUUGGAAUACUUUGGAUACAUUAUGCGAAGUGAAUCCAGAUAUUCCCUCCUACAAGCCAUCCUGCAAGGAAAAAUAUUUGGAAAGCGAGGUCCAGGAAGAAGAAGAACAUCCUGGUUAAAGAACCUCAGAACCUGGUUCAACACAACAUCUGUGCAUGCAGCUUUUCCACGUUGCUGCAGAUAAAGUGAAGAUUGUCAUGAUGAUCGCCAACAUUCGUCACGGAUAGGCACAUCAAGAAGAAGAAUAAUUGUACAUUUAUAUUUAACUUUGUUGUAUAUGUUAUAGUCAAAGCCCGAAUUUCAGGCACUCCUCAGGUCUGACUGACGGUCUUAGUCAAAGCCCGAAAUAAAUUACAAUUUCGGCCUUUGACUAGUCAAAGCUAGGAGAGACCAAGUCGGUUAGGCAAAGGUCGAAAUUUAACUUUAUGAAAUCGGGGUUUGACUAGUCAAACCUCGAUCAGCUAUUAAAAUGUCGUAAUUUGUUAGAUUAGGUUUAAUAAAACGUGCUUUUUUGAUUCUAAUGUUUAUUAUUUUUGUAUUUUCGUAUUAAAAUACUAAAAUUAGAGUUUAUUCUCACAUGGCAUUAUGGCAUUUAGAGUUGCACAAUGCGUUAGACCUUUUACAUUUACAUAAUUUUGAAGAGAAUUUCUUAUUGCAUUAGCAUUUUAUAAAGCCUUGUCCUCCAAAUUUAGAAUCUUUUGUACUAAUUUCAAUUUCUCUUAGAGACAGUUUAACGUCUGGAACAUCUUCGAAAUUAAGAAAAUUCUCUUUGCACUCUCUGAUUUGAUUUCUUGAAAAAAGUGUGUUUAUUGUUCCGUAUUUCGAACCAACUCUAUAUAAACCGUCAAUUAUUUUAUCUUGUAUGAUACUAAAAAUACUUCGAGCAUCUCCUUUGUCUCUUUGGGAAACUUUUUUUUUAACUUAAUUGUUUCAUAGACUCGGACAAACAUAAGUUUGGGAUUGCGACGUAGCGUUUCGCGCAGACAAGCAAACCAUUUCUAUUGUACCAGUGGCGGACGGAAACAGGCAGAUUUGAAAUAAAUUUUUAUAAGUAAAUUGUAAUAGUACCUAAAUUAUAUUUAAUUAAAGCAAAGAAUCAAUUUGUUUCUUUUAAAAGAAUUGUAUCUACCAUUUUUGUUAAAAAUAUAUCUAUAUCAGUGUGUUUACGAAAAAACUUUUAUUUUGUUCUAAAUGGGUACAAACAAUUGUUUUAUAAUUUUACUUACUCUAUUUUAUUUACCAUAGAAAAAUAUAGGUAUCAAUUUCCCAUUAACUAAUAAUUUUUUAACUUUUAAACUAUUUACCAUUAAUUGUAGGGGAUCUUUUCUCGAUGAUGUCCACUGCUUAAUUCAAUUUUUUUUUUUGGAACGAGAACGUUUUCCUUUUAGACUUUUAAAAGAUAAACUAGUCGCUCCAUUUUUAUUUACGUCUUUACCUUCUUUUCUUAUUUUGGAUAAGGUAUUUUUGCUUAUACCCGUCGCUGCUAGAAUCCUAUCUCUACAAUUACCAAUGUUAAAUGUUACUAAACGAAAAUAUUGCGAAAAAAAUUGCAAAAGAUUGGCGUGAAUGAAGAAACAGUGCCUAAAAACUCGUGCAUUUGAUCAGAGCAUCCUUCCUGUUAGGACGUAUGGCUCAUAAACAUGGACAUUAACAAAGGCCAACAUAAACAAAAAAGAAAUAACUCACAGAAAAUAUUUAUCGUAUUAAUUCAUGUUUUAUUCCAUGUUGGGAAUAACACUGCCAGACAGAAAAUCAAACUAAUGAAUAAGAGAGAAAAGAAAAGUAAAAAAUGUAACAGAACAUAAAGGUUAAGGUGGGUGUCCAAAAAAAUGGAAUGCUGAAAUACAAAACAGGAGACCGUGGACAGGAAGAAGAGGAAGAGCAAGAACUCAGAUGUGAUGGAAGGACGAUAUUGUAAAAGCUGCAGGAACUUACUGGAAAAGCGCAGCCAAGGACAGACAGAUAUGGAAAGAUUCGGUGAAGGCCUAUGUCCAAAAGUGGAUAGAAAUGGGCUAAAGAAGAAGAAUCUGAUGAAACUUCAUAAAUACGUAAUAUCAAGAAAAUAAAAUGUCAUUAACAAUACUUACGUCAAUUUACUUAAAGGUAUUAACAGGUUUUCGGUUGUUUUGAAAUGUGCUGCCUCUUGUUCCAUAAAUGUAGUAACUGUUAAAUAUGAUACUUGAUAGAAUGAUAAUUAAAUGUGGAUUCGGUUAAACAACUUUAUUUAAUGUAUAUUACCCAUACAGUGCCACAAUUAACUUUAUAUAGCCUAGUCGGAUACAAUGUAUGUUCCCUAACUGCUUGGAUAACUGACAUGAAAAAUGACACACUGUCAGUCCUGCCAAGUGUUACACAUAAUUUCCAUCUGUAACUAACUUAACACUAACAGAUAUACAACAUUAACAUUAUAAAUGAUUGCCUUUGCUUGGCUAUUCAAUCCCAGCCCUUUAAUUCCUAUCUUUUUAUGAGGCAUAUUGUUAAAUAACUAAUGACUAAACUUAAUACACUAGAGAUACACUAAAUGUAUUAAUUACUACUACUAAUAUACCAAACACUAAGCUAAAAACUAUUAAUAAAAUAUCCAACACGAUCAGAUCAAUAAGUUAAACACUCUCUGCGAUACCGUAAUGCACUUCUAACUACGACACUGGCGAUCAGCUAACUGGCCGUUUCCAUGGUAACGCUAGUAAACAAGAACCACUGCGCAUCAUCGAGUUAUGAAUCAUAUUCCCAAACUUAUGUUUGUCCGAGAACAUUAGCCGGGGUCACCUUUAGGGUCGAUUCUCACUAUACCUCCCGUUUACUUUCAAUACGCAUGGCAUUCAGUUUCCAUAAAAUAUUAUUAAAUACAAAUCAUAUAAUAUAUGCCCACUUUCCGUUACGUUUACCUACCAUUCCCGAAGCUUUGCGUUUAAUAUCGGCCACGUAUUUUUCGGCGACGUCUCGGAUACCCUAUGGAUAAUGUGAAUAUUGCUAUUACCUCGCGGUUCAGUCACGUAUUUUUUUCUACGACAAGGUGUGACUUGUCAGGUAGAGUAUGGAUUGGGGGAAUACAUAGCGGUUAUGGAUAGGGGGAAUACAUGGUGAGAAAAAUUUGGACAAUAAAAAAUUUAUAGAACUUGUCUGACAUGACUUUUUAAUUUUGAAAAUAUAAAAUACAGUGAUAAUACAUUUAAAGACGGCAAUAUUUUGGGCGGCUGUUGCCAAGGAAUUAAAAUAUUUUCUUCAUCCAAUAUCUUCUUAAGCAAUUCCGCUGGUUCAUCGGCGGAUUGAUAACCUCUACGGAAUAUUGACACUCCAUUUUUUGCUUGUUCGGCCGAUACUUCUAUCGAUUGGUGAUUUAUUUCUUGCUAUUUUGACCAAACGUGUCUCUCUAUUCUGCUAUGUGGUUGUUCCAUUCUUUUUUCUUCUAUUUAGUGUCCAUUCGUUUAUACAUCCUGGGAUAUAUAUAGUCUUGAACAUUUAAGCGACUACCUUCUUCGCUUUCCGGUGACACAAUUAUAAUAUGCCUGCUUGUUCCAACUGCGUCGCUUCACUAGAAACAAAGUUAGAGAACUAUAGGUUCUUCCAAGUUGUGCGUUACCUUUUUCGCUUUCUGGUGACACAAUAAUUAUAAUAUAUCUGCUUGUUCCAACUCCAUUGCUUCACCAGAAACGAAGUUAGAAAACUAUAGGUUCUUCCAAGUUGUGCGUUACCUUUUUUGCUUCCCGGUGACACAAUUAUAAUAUAUCUCCUUGUCGCAACUACGUUGCUUCACCAGAAGCGAAGUAAGAAAACUAUAGGCUCUUCCAAGUUGUGCGUUACCUUUCUUGCUUUCCGGUGACACAAUUACAAUAUAUCUGCUUGUUUAAACUGUGUUGCUUCACCAGAAACGAAGUUAGAAAACUAUAGCUUUUUCCAAGUUGUGCGUUACCUUUUUCGGUUUCCGGUGACCCAAUUAUAAUAUAUUUGCUUGUUCCAACUCCGUUGCUUCACCACAAGCGAAGUUAGAAAACUAUAGGCUCCUACAAGUUGUGCAUUACCUUUUUCGCUUUCUGGUGACCCAAUUAUAAUAUAUCUGCUUGUUCCAACUCCGUUGCUUCACCACAGGCGAAGUUAGAAAACUAUAGGCUCCUCCAAGUUGUGCGUUACCUUUUUCGCUUUCUUGUGACCCAUUUAUAAUAUAUUUGCUUGUUCCAACUCCGUUGCUUCACCACAAGCGAAGUUAGAAAACUAUAGGCUCCUACAAGUUGUGCAUUACCUUUUUCGCUUUCUGGUGACCAAAUUAUAAUAUAUCUGCUUGUUCCAACUCCGUUGCUUCACCACAGGCGAAGUUAGAAAACUAUAGGCUCCUCCAAGUUGUGCGUUACCUUUUUCGCUUUCUUGUGACCCAAUUAUAAUAUAUCUGCUUGUUCCAACUACGUUGCUUCACCAUAAGCGAAGUUAGAAAACUAUAGGCUCUUCCAAGUUGUGCGUUACCUUUUUCUCUUUCCGGUGACACAAUUAUAAUAUAUCUGCUUGUUAAAACUCCGUUGCUUCACCACAAGCGAAGUUAGAAAACUAUAGGCUCCUCCAAGUUUUGCGUUACCUUUUUCGCUUUUUGGCGACCCAAUUAUAAUAUAUCUGCUUAUUCCAACUCCGUUGCUUCACCACAAGCGAAAUUAGAAAACUAUAGGCUCCUCCAAGUUGUGCGUUACCUUUUUCGCUUUAUUGUGACCCAAUUAUAAUAUAUCUGCUUGUUCCAACUCCUUUGCUUCACCACAAGCGAAGUUAGAAAACUAUAGGCUCCUCCAAGUUGUGCGUUACUUUUUCACUUUCUGGUGACUCAAUUACCAGAAACAAAGUUGCUUCACCAGAAACAAAGUUGCUUCACCAGAAACAAAGUUAAAUUUUUAAUUUAUGAAUGUUUUUUAUAUUGAUAACGAUUUCCGAAGUGAAAGUCGAAACGUCAAGUAAACUUUAUUUCAAACUUGAAUUGUGGCUUAUGCCCAAAUAAAAUAGUAAAUGUUAUUUUGUAUUUCUCACGCCGCGGCACGCCGGUAAGAAAACAAAUGUAAAAUAACCUUUUUUUACAUUGGUCCGCAUGUAUAUUUUACAUUUCUAUUAUUAAAUUUUCUUCAGACCACAUAUUUCAUCAAGCCGGAAAAAACACGUGUAUUCGAAUCAAAAAUUUAGGGUAAAAUGUUACCAAACCGGUACAAAAUGUGUGGAAUAUUAAAUGGGGAAAGAAAACGCGACGUCUGGUGAGAAUGGUGGUUAAAUUAAUGGAAGGUGUAUGGAACGUGUAUGGGAAGUAAACGGAACGUAUAGUGAGAAUAGAAUUUUAAUGGGAGGUGUAUGGAAUGGUUAUGGAAAGUAAACGGGCGGUAUAGUGGGAAUCGACCCUUAAUCGCCUUUCCUUUAUUUAUUUUAAUCUUUUCUGUCUGUGCACAACGCUUGCAUGUAACUUUUCUUUUAAAACCUUCAUAGUAUGCACCAAGUGUGUUAUCAGCGCACACAACGUGUACCACUUGAUUACCAAUUUUUGCACGUAUGUGCGUCAGAGCUCUCUUUUUGGCAAAUACAACAAACCACAUCUGAAGAAGUAAUCUGAAUUAUUUGACAAUUUUCUUCCUCUCCUAGUGACGACGGUCAAGAGGCUUCGUUAGUAUUAUGGUGAUCCUUAGUUUUUUCUCCGAUUGCAAUAUCUUCUUUCACAGUUGACAAUGACAUUCCCAUUCCAUCUGUUUGCGCUAAACACACUUUUUUCAAGAAAUCAAAUAAAAGAAUGCAAACACAAUUUUCUUAAUUUCGAAGAUGUUCCAGACGUUAAGUGGUCUCUAAUACUGGGGCCACAGUAACGUCUAAUGCCGUUAAUUAACGCAUUAUUUGCAUUACCGAGAUGGCAAAUAAUUCGUUAGUUAACGGCAUUAGACGUUACUGUAACCCCAGCAUAAGAGAAAUUAGUACUAAAGAUUCUAAAAUUGGAAGACAAGGCUUUAUAAAAUGCUACUGCAAUAAGAAAUUCUCUUCAGAAUUAUGUAAUUGUAAAAGGUCUAACGUAUUGUGCAACUAUAAAUUCCCGAAUGCCUCAACAUGUGAGAACAAACACUAAUUUUUUAUUUUAAUUACGACAAUAUAAAAUAUUAAAAUUAAAAAAUGAUGUUUUAUUAAAGCUAAUCUAACAAAUUACGACAUUUUAAUAGCAGAUCGGGGAUUGACUAGUCAAACCCCGAGUUCAUAAAAUUAAAUUUCGACCUUUGCCUGACCAACGUAGUCUCUACUAGGUUUGACUAGUCAAAGGCCGAAGCUGUAAUUUAUUUCGGGCUUUGACUAAGACCGUCAGUCAGACCUGAGGAUUGCCUAGUCAAACCUAGGAACGCCUGAAAUUCGGGCUUUGACUAUAACAUAUACAUUUAACACAAUAUAACUUUAUAAAAUAAACAUAAUAUAAGCUAUAAAUUCGAAUAAACACAACAAAUACGCUAAUGUCACUGUCAUUGAAAAUGAUUAACGUCAAAAUUCAUAGCAAACAAGGUAUCCAAGACAUGCUGUCUCUUUUAUCCUUGUUUAACUUAUUAUGGUUUCUAUGGGCAAGCGGUUUAAUUUUGUGAUACUGGUUUCUGAGUAAAAAGGAGACCUAGUAUAAAAGUAAUUCGUGAAUAAUUUCAUGCAUGCGAAAAGAUAUAGUGGAAGAACUAUACUAACGUUAUUUCAAUUUGAUCGCUGAGUGACAAAUUAUUCUGGAUGAAAUUUGUGUUUAAAUUAUUCGUCUUUCAAUGCAUGUGUUGUUUACGGUAGUAAAUGUGACUUAUUUUUACGAUCGUGUUGUUAAACGAAGGAUUGUCUUGUUUACUUAUAUCAUUCCAUUGCUCUUGAAACAUCCCGCAAAAAUUUCCAAAAUAUAACUUCUAGUUAUAUUUUAAUAGUUAUUAUAAUAUACCUAAUGAUAAAGUUGACACAGACUACAAUAACUAUAUUCUAAAUAUUUAUUGUAGUAUAGUUCAAAAUUAUUUUAUUCUGAAACGGUUUUGGUUACUUCCAGAAAAAUAUGGAUUCAUAUACACUUUUGACCGCCGGUUUAAUAUCGCCGGUCCGGAAGAAGAAUGACGUAACUGCACGACGUAACUGACGUAACGAUUUUUAAAUAUUUAAAAUAGGAAUUAAAUGAGUAGUAAUCGUCCAGGAGCAUCGUCAUGUCGUCUAUUCUUACAGAUAUGGCUUUUAUUGUUAUCUCUAUUCGUUCGAAUUUCAUUGUCUUAAUUUAACCCCCCCCUUUUUAAACCUCUCUACUGUUGCGUCAUUACUCAUCUAAAUAUUUAUAAUAGUGAUUAAAUAAAGCGUAACCGUCCAGGAGCAUCGUUAUGGCAUAUAUUCUUACAAUGAUGGCUUUUAGUUUCAUCCCUAUUUGUUCCAAUUUCAUUAUCUUAAUUUAAUCCUCCCAUUUUCAACCCUAUCUACAGUUGCGUCAUUCAUCAUCUUAAAGAUUUUCUGUACAAAAAACGAUUUAAUAUUUAGUAUGCCGUUUAUUCUUACAGCGAUGGCUUUUAUUUUUAUACCUAUUGGUCCGAAUUUCAUUAUCUUAAUUUAAUCCCCCCAUUUUCAACCCUAUUUACAGUUGCGUCAUUAUUCAUCUGAAACAAGGUCUAAAAUGGCGCGUAUUUCAAUAACGACGCAACUACCCUGUAGUGGCUCAGCACAUAGUUACAGUUCUGUCGCUUUUAUAUCAUCUGUACAUAGUAUUUUAGAAGAUAAUUACACAAUAAACAGGAAUUGAGAAAAUUUGCAGUUACGUCAUUCUUCUUCCGGACCGGCGAUAUUAAGUGUAUUCAGUCCACGACAAGUGGAGCAUGCGCACUUUAAGAUAAUAUAAAUAAUACCGUUGAUAGAUAAAUAUACAAGGUGUAUUUAUUUACUAUUAAUUAAUAUUAUUAAUUAUUAAUAUACUGGUAUAUUUAUCAAUAAACGAUAAUACAUUAAAUAAAUAUAAUAUGGAAUUAAAGUGCGCAUGCGUUGUCGUGGACUAAGUCACCGACAGGGUCCGCGAAGGAACACAAUAUACAUACUACGUUUUCUAAAUUGAUAUUUUACGCAUUUGAGAUAAAAUGGUACACAUUUAUUAUUAUAUUUUCUCUCUCUCUACCUCUCUCUCUUUUUCUCUUUCAUUCGUCCUUAGAGUAAUCCAUUUAUUUUCUUCUAGUCCAACUGGACAAAUAAGUGUAGAACAACACUAUUCUUUUAAUACAUAUGUUGCUCAAACAUAUUUUAUGUAAUAUUUUUUACUAAAAUUUUAUUUAAGUCUGUAACGAAUCUCAAAAAUUGUGACUGAUUAGUAGUUUUUAUAUGAGAAUAUUUGUAUGGAUUCAACAAUAUAAUGUUUAUAUAGGAUUUUGUGAUUGUUUCUAAUGUAGAUUUUAUUAAUUUUGUUAGAAACUGGACUAUAUAGGAAGUUUAGGAUCCAUCAGGACAUUACUGUUACUUGUCAUUCGCAUUGAUAAAUAAUUAGGUCCCACUAGUCCACAGUACUCCGUCCUUUUUUGAAAAUGAUUACAAAAGUCUUAAAAAUGGUUUUAAUUACUUCGUUUGAGCGACUCUACCAGUUUCUGAAAAUUUUCAGAGUUCAGGUUAUUGGACGCGUUUCCGCACGCAUAACACCUAAAUUUGUAGCUCUAGCGUGGUUUGUUUUUGUUUUGUUAUUGCAAACCUAUAAUUUUUAAUUUUAAUCAAAACAUACGUUAAAAUCAUAUAAAUUAUUUUUGUCGGACAAAAAAUAGGGCGCGUCCGUCUAGUCCGACACCCGUAAGACUUCACUGUAGCGCGGUAAUUCUUUGCAAUUCGGAAGGGCCCAAAGUAUGAUACGUGGAGAAAUCGGAGAGAAGAGGAUAUGGGACUACUGAUGAGGGGGGAAAGACCUCCGAAACCGGUAUAGACUCUUCCUGCACUCUCCGAUUUAACCAGAGUAUUAUGCAGCUGCUGCAUUUUCGUGUUGCAAAGAAAUUGAAAAUGUUCAUACAUUUUAAUUCAUUUACUCUUUUGUUGAGUACUAAGGGAUCUUUCUUGUUGGAACUUUUACCACGCUGAGCAGAUGGGUUGUGAAUUAUUUAAAACUCUCUCAUCUUAAUUUCCUCAGCAUCCUGUAUGAUUUAUAAUUUUUGAAAAUCUCGGUAGGUUGUAACCAAAGAAAGUAUUCCAUCUGUUGUCAAUCUGGUGGCAUGGGAACGAUAUUAUUGUCGUUUUCUGUGCUACUUCGAUUGAUAACUUACUUUGUUUUUCGGUAGAUGGCUCUAGUACAUCCGUGAAAUUUCUUUUUUUGCAAUUCGGAAAGGCCCAAAGUAUGAUGCCUGGGGAAAUCAGAGAGAAGAGGAUAUGGGACUACAAAUUAGGAGGAAAAAACCUCCAAACCCGGUAUAGACCGGCUCUCCGAUUUAACCAGAGUGUUAUGCAGCUUCUGCAUUUUCGUGUUGCAAAGAAAUUGAAAAUGUUUAUACAUGAAAAUUAAGAGUUUUGUAAUAAAAAAACUCUACCGCGCUAGAGUGACAUCUUGCGGGUGUCGGACGCAGGCCCGGCCCCAGGGGUAGGCGAACUGGGCGGGUGCCCAGGGCGGCAAAUUUUGGGGCGGCAAAUUUUAGAGGACAGCCAAUUUUUGAAAUUGAAGAAAUAAUAAAUUCGUUUUUUAAUAUUAUAAAAAACCAAUAUUAUGAACAAAAGCAGUAAAUACAAAACUGUAAAAACGAGAAUUAAAUAAGUGAAACAAUAACAAUUGCAAGGUUCAUUCGACGGGAGAUAGACAAUGCCGCCUUCUUCUUCAUCGCAUAAGAAUAGUGGGAUCAGAAUAGUGAGGGGCGAUUCUGACAAAAUUUGUCAUCACAAUAAUGGUAACUUUUUAAAGCUUUUGUUGAGCUCUUUAGAAAACUUGAUUCUGUUUUACAAAAGCACAUUAGGAGAACAACGAAUGGUAGUAACAAGCAGCGUUACUACUCGAGAAAACGUAUUCAAAACGAAAUUAUUCAGCUCCUCCAUGACCAAAUCAAAAUUAAAAACUUUCUCAAAUCAGCUUAGUAUUAUGGCAUAAUUUUAGAUUGUACACCUGAUAUUUCUGGAAUUGAACAGAUAACUAUUGUUGUACGUUUUGUCGAUAUAGGUUACUGUUCACAAAGUGUUAAAAUUGCAGAUCUUUUAUUUGUGCCUGUACCUGAAUCCACAGCCUUGUGAUUUACAGAAGAUAUUUUGCAAAAACAGAAUGAACUGGGAAUACCUUUGGAAGAUAUGGAAAAAAUAUGAUAAUUUGCAAACAUGAAAGGGAAGAACUUGGGAAUUCAAAACAUAAUUUUGAAAAUGAAUCCUAGAGCAUUUUUUGUACAAUGUUCUAACUAUUCACAUUCAAACAACUUAGUCGUGAACGAUGCUGUUAAAGCCUCUCGGUUUGCAGUUUCUUCCUUUUCCUUGGUGACAAAAAUUUACAAUUUUUUCUCAGCAUCUAUUAAUCGUUGGGCUAUACUGAAAAAUCACAUUUCCAGCCUACCCUAACAUUGAAGAAUUUGUCCGAAACUAUAUGGGAAAGUAGAAUUGAUGCAAUUACUUCCAUCAGAUACCAAAUUAAAGAAAUCUACGAUGCUCUUGUAGAAAUCAGUGUCAAUAAUAACAACUAUAAAAUGGUUGCUCAUGAGGCAAGCUGUUUGGCAAAUCAAAUCCGUAAUUUUACUUUUCUUUGGUCUGCGGUAAUAUGGCAUGACCUUUUACUUCACAUCAACGUAGUCAGCAAAUCACUGCAGAGUAUUGAUAUGGGACUGUAUCAAUUUAAAAUCUCAUGGAAGUGAUUUAAAAUUCCAGAGCUAUUUGACAGACGCAAAAGAGUUAGAAAUUGAGAUCCCGAAAAUCGGAGACACAGUAAUAGCAAGAAAGAGAAAAGUGAAAAGGCAAUUUAGCGAUGAGGCUGAAGAUAAAAUUAUGGACCUAGAUCCAGAGACACGAUAUAAAGUUGAUUUCUAUUUAAAAAUUAUAGAGACACAACCGUUAAUAGGUCUGGAUCCCGCGUAUGAAAAAAAAAGUUGAUUAAUAGCAAGCUGAAAAUUUGUUAAUAGCUUAAGGGUGUCUAGUCGGAUAAACUUUGAUAUAUGGGAACACUGUAACAGGGGCAGUUUUAAUUGUGGAACAGGUUAAAAAUUUGGAACGGUCAGACCACGAAAACGGCACAUUUAUUUUGUCGCGACAGAACAGACUUAAAAUCUCCGAACAGAGAUUAAACUCUAAUGCAAAAAUCGGACUGCUAUUUAUCACCUGUCAUAAUUCCUGUUAUUUGAAAUAUUCUACAUGUUUCACUUAUUAAAACGCCCAUUUGGUGAUAAAUAGCAGUCUGAUUUUUGCAUGAGAGUUUAGUCGGAGAAUUUAAGUCUGUUCUGUCGGACAAAAUACAUGUGCCGUUUUCGUGGUCUGACCGUUCCAAAUUUUUAACCUGUUCCACAAUUAAAACUUCCCCUGUUCCAGUGUUCCCAUAUAUCAAAGUUUGUCCGACUAGACACCCUUAAGCUAUUAACAAAUUUUCAGCUUGCUAUUAAUAAACUUUUUUUUCAUACGCGGGAUCCAGACCUAUCCAUUAAGUGAUAGAUUGCAGCAUAUUAAGAGCCAUAGUGAAAUUUGAAACGACAUGAACAUAAAAUUUUUGAGUUUUUUUUUGGGGCGGUGGUCGCCGAUCUUGCCCAGGGCGGCAAAAUCCCUAGGGCCGGGCCUGCGGACGAUAGCCUUCCUCUUUUUUGUUCGACAAAAGUAAUUUAUUGUAUUUUAACGUAUCAUCUUUAGAUUAAAAUUAAAACUAAUAGUUUUGCAAUAACAAAUCAUAACCGCGCUAGAGCUAGUACAGGUAUAAGUGUUGCGCGUGCGGAAACGGGUCCAAACCGCACUCUGAAAAUAUUCAGACAGUGGUAGAUUCGCUCAAACGAGGCAGUUAAAACCAUUUUUAAGACAUUUGUCAUUAUUUUCAAAAAAAGACGGUAUAGUGGGGGCUAUACUUAUUGAUAAUACAUGAUUGUUUCGGUGCAAUUUGUAUAAAAUUUAUCGUUUUUAGUGAUUGUUUUAUUUUUAAACAUUUUAAACAUCUUGUAUAAACAAGGUUCUUGUUACCUUGGUUUUUGCAUAUUGUAUAACCUUAUUCUUAUUGUUAAGCUAAGCCCAUUUUAUAGUAUUUACAAAAUAAAUGAUUAUUUUAAUA